AUGGCGUUUCACAUGUUAGCAUGGAUUUACCGGACAGUUACUGCCGCCGCGCUUGCGGCGCUGUUACUUGUACUUUAUAGGCGCAUUUUCAGACUUCGCAACAAACGCUUAACGUCGGCAGCGUCGGCGACGUCGUUUGCCCCUUCGGCUUCAUUCCGGAGUCCGAAGUCGAGCCCUGCGUCUCGCACAGAGUCACCUCCGAUGGUGACCUCCACCUCGUCGACAGAGAUGCCUGUUACCGCGUUAGGGCAUGGCUCUGACCAUCGUGCAGCAAUAGUGAAGGGAAAAGAAGGCAAACAGAACAUUUUCUAUGACGGUGUUAACUUUGAAAAUAAUAGGGAAAUCGUGAAGGCAAUACCUUUUCUUGGCUUUUCGCUCGCGGAUAAUGUUUUAGAAGGUGCGUUGGUUGUCGACGGUCUGUUUUCCGGGGGCCCCGCCCACCAGGCCGGUCUCCGCAUCGACGAUGAGCUGCUGGAGGUGAACGGUGGGGCGGUGUUGAACCUUCAGGAGGCGCACGAGCUAGUUGCAGAAAACUGCGUCCCGGGCAGCCUCGCAUCAAUGACUUUCCGUCGCCAGGGCGGAGAGCCCUUUGAAGUGCAGCUGCGGGUCAUGACGGCGGAGUGUCGCUUCUCCGGUGACCCGUUGUAUUUCGACCCCACCCGUCACGGCAUUCAGGAGAGCGCACGGGAGAAGAGGGAGACCUCGUCAUGGCGCGAUUUACAGUAA